AUGACUUCCUUCAUCACCACCGUGUCUGAUUCUGCAGCAACCGUUUCAGUGAAAUUGGAACCUGUGGAGGAAGUGGACGACCCGUUUUUCAUAGAAAUACCUGAACCUGCUUAUGUACCAUCUUGCUCACAAGGGGAUUUUGAUAGUAACCAACGUACGAGAAACCAAUUUCGUCCACGAAAUGCGCAUAAAGGCACGACAAGCUACCAAUUGCGACAAUAUGCCGAGGCAACACUUGGGGGUGGUAGUUUGAGGAAGGUUGUCAAAUUGCCAGAGGGUGAAGACGAGAAUGAGUGGCUUGCAGUCAAUAUGGUGGAUUUCUACAAUCAUAUAAAUCUACUCUAUGGUUCAAUCACAGAGUUCUGCUCUCCACAAUCUUGCCCAGAAAUGAAGGCUACGGAUGAGUUUGAAUAUCUCUGGCAAGAUAAUGAGAAUUUCAAACGACCGACCAAGAUGCCUGCACCAACUUAUAUUGAACAUUUGAUGGCCUGGGUUCAAGCUAGUAUCGACAAUGAAACUGUUUUCCCAAGCAGAAUUGGUGUCCCAUUUCCAAAAGGCUUCUCAACUAUGAUCAAACAAGUCUUCAAGAGAAUGUACCGAGUCUAUGCUCACAUCUACUGCCAUCAUUACCCUGUAAUCCGUGAGCUUGGAUUAGAGGCUCAUCUCAACACAAGCUUCAAGCAUUAUGUUCUUUUCAUUGAUGAACAUGAUCUUGCAAGCGGCAAAGACUUUUGGGGUCCUUUGGGCGAUCUUGUUGAUAGUAUGCUUAGGACCGAUUAG